AUGUUUGAUGGGAUGGUGUGUCGCAGCUUUGGGGAUCUGACAGGGCUUCACCCUACGGGAAUGCAAUGGCAGCAAGCUUCCCUCGGACUUGGGCAUGCUGGGUUGGGUUUGCGAUCAACAGCCAAGCACGCCUCGGCUGCCUACCUUGCCUCGUUGGGGGAGGCCUCCACUGCAGCGCAGGACUUGGACACCGCCUUCUCUGCCGAGGACCUGCGAUCUUCCCAUGACGUGCGUGCGGCGUUGGCAGCAUUGAACGCCAACUUGCAUCCCAAAGACCAAAUUAGCUUCGAAGCCGCCACCAUACCGGCUGGCCGGGGGCGCAUGGAACCUGCCACUUUUGUUGCCGAACUACGCGCUCGUUUGGGCAUUCCGGGUGCAGACCAGGAUGCUUGGUGCCCCCGUUGCGAUGGGAUCUUGGACGUGCAAAACUACCACGCAGGGAUGUGCGCUGCAGGUGGUGAUGGGCUGAACGAUGGGGGCUCCGCCCUGAGAGGGAGAGACCGGGUCUGCUGCUGCCACAGCCGGCGACCAACUGAUAUUUACCUUCCGGCGUUGGCCGGGGCUCCUGCUGCACUUGACUUUGCUGUAACAGCACCACAGCGGCAGGAGACCUUGGUUCAAGCCAGUCAGCAAGGGGCGGCGGCUGCCACGGCAUAUGCCCACCACUUGUCGAAGCCACGGAGUGCUUGGGACCCUGCGGCCAUGAAGAUUUUGAAACACAUUGCUCAUGCUGCCGCAAGCCGGGCUGGCACCGACCCAGCUGACAGCCUCGAUCACUUGCACCAAGAGGCCAGUGUCUGCGUUCGGACAUGGCGGGCCCGAGCCGCCUUGCGCCGACGUUGCGAACUCACAGCUUAG